CUGAGGCAUUCAUGUGGGAUCCUAUAUAGAUUUGAGAGCUCAUCCCCUUAGGAGCAUUACAGAGAUUUGAAAAAACAAAGAGAAAUAUGGAGGAGAAGAUAGGAUAAGAUCACAAAAUCAUACACAUAAAAAUGGUUUCGAGGGAAGACAAGAGAGCAUCACUUCAACAGAAGCUUCAUCUUCUUCGUUCCAUCACAAAUUCUCAUGCUGUGAACAAAACAACAAUCAUAGUGGAUGCAUCGAAGUACAUCGAAGAGCUAAAGCAGAAAGUGGAAAGACUGAAUAAAGAUAUAUCAGCUGCUCAAUCUUCAGACCAUCAAAAUCCAUUGCAGGUCACAGUAGAAACCCUAGACAAGGGUUUCCUCAUCAGUGUGUUUUCGGACAAGACAUGCCCCGGUCUGCUUGUUUCCUUGUUGGAAGCCUUUGAAGAACUGGGUCUCAACAUUCUUGAAGCUAGGGUUUCUUGCACAGACAGCUUCCGGUUACAAGCUGUUGGUGGUGAAAAUGAAGAUCAGAAUGAAUCUGUUGAUGCACAAGCGGUGAAACAAGCAGUGUUGCAGGCUAUUAAGAAUUGGAGUGAGGGUUGUGAUCAACUGGACUAAAAUGAAUGUUUUUGUUGGUCAUCUAUCUAUUAACCAUCUUUCUCAUGCAUCUUGUCUUUUCAGGUAUGAAUCAAUUGAAUUAAACUCGAGUUUAAACUCGAUAUUGGUCGGAA